AUGAGCAAAAACAGUAGAUUUACUGGUGUCAUUGACGUACAUCAUAUGGUUUUUUUUGAAGCCAGCAUUGGAAUCAUUGCCAACACAGUUCUCUUUCUCUUUCAUGUCCUUCCAUUCCUUCUGCAGCACAGGCACAGGCCUACUGAUCUGACCAUUGGUCACUUGGCCCUUAUCCACAUAGUCUUGCUCAUAACAGAGGGUUUCCUAGCUAUAGACAUUUUGGGAUAUUGGCACUUGGGAGAUGACAUCACAUGUACGUCUGUUGUCUAUUUGAAUAGGUUGAUGCAGAACAUCUCCAUCUGUACCACCUGCCUGCUGAGUGUCCUCCAGGCCAUCACCCUCAGCCCCAGAACCUCCUGUUUGGCAAAGUUCAAACAGAAAUCCUUGCAUCAGGUCCUGUGUUGCUUUCUGUUUUUGUGGGUCUUGAAUAUGCUCAUCAGUAGUCGUUUCUUAAUUUCCACUGUUGCCUCUUCCAAUGUGACCUCACAUGGUCUUAUGUUUCUUACUAAAUCCUGCUCCCUUUGGUCUAUUAGUUCUUUUCUCAAGUAUAUGUUUUUCUCACUGAUGGUUUUCCACUACAUGUCUUGGAUAGGGCUCAUGGUGCUCUCAAGUGGGUAUAUGGUGAUUCUCUUACGCAGACAUAAAAGACAAUCCCAGCAUCUUCACAGCACCAGUCUGUCUUCAAAAGCAUCCCCAGAAGAAAGGGCCACCCGCACGAUUUUGUUACUCAUGAGUUUCUUUAUUAUUAUGUACUGCUUGGACUAUGUUAUAUACUCCAUGUCCUCAAUCACAUGGAAAUAUAACCCAUUUCAUCAUUGUGUCCUGAUGCUGGUUAGCAAUGCCUAUGCCACAGUCAGUCCUUUGGUGCUCAUCAGUAGUAAAAGACGAAUGAUCAAGUGA